GUCCUCCACUCGGCCGCCAGCCAUGGCGGAGCGCCGCGCCUUCGCCCAGAAAAUCAGCAGAACCGUGGCAGCCGAAGUGAGGAAGCAGAUUUCGGGACAGUACGGCGGCUCUCCGCAGUUGCUGAAAAACCUCAACAUUGUGGGGAACGUGGCCCAUCACGCCGCCGUUCCCCUUACGGAAGCCGUGGAUCCCGUGGAUUUGGAAGAUUACCUGAUUACUCACCCGCUGGCUAUGGAGUCCGGGCCUUUGCGGGAUCUGCUGGAAUUUCCUCCAGACGACGUGGAAGUUAUUUACAGUCCGAGGGACUGCAGAACGCUUGUCUCUGCUGUUCCCGAAGAAAGUGAAAUGGAUCCCCACGUUCGAGACUGUAUUAGAAGCUACACCGAAGACUGGGCGAUCGUGAACAGAAAGUACCACAAACUGGGGACGGGAUUUAAUCCCAACACGCUGGACAAACAGAAGGAAAGGCAGAGGGGGUUGCCCAAGCAGGUCUUCGAGUCGGAUGAAAUCCCGGACGGCCCCACCUUCCAGGACGAACAAGAUGAUCUCAAAAGGCGGUCGAUGUCAAUAGACGACACGCCCCGGGGCAGCUGGGCUUGCAGUAUUUUCGACCUGAAGAACUCUCUCCCCGACGCCUUGCUUCCCAACCUGCUGGACCGGACCCCCAACGAGGAGAUCGACCACCAGAACGACGACCAGAGGAAGGCAAAUCGCCACAAAGAACUUUUUGCGCUGCAUCCCGCGCCUGAUGAGGAAGAACCAAUAGAACGGCUUAGCAUUCCUGAAAUACCCAGGGAGCAUUUUGGCCAAAGACUUCUUGUAAAAUGCCUCUCUCUCAAAUUUGAGAUUGAAAUUGAACCCAUUUUUGCAAGUUUGGCCUUAUACGAUGUCAAGGAGAAGAAGAAGAUUUCAGAGAAUUUCUACUUUGACCUCAACUCUGAGCAAAUGAAAGGGGUUCUGCGUCCUCAUGUGCCGCCUGCCGCCAUUACCACGCUGGCCAGAUCCGCUAUUUUUUCCAUCACUUACCCCUCCCAGGAUGUCUUUCUGGUCAUAAAGCUGGAGAAAGUCCUGCAGCAAGGAGACAUUGGGGAGUGUGCCGAACCAUACAUGAUUUUCAAAGAAGCAGAUGCUGCCAAGAACAAGGAGAAGCUGGAGAAGCUGAAGAGCCAAGCGGAGCAGUUUUGCCAAAGGUUGGGAAAGUACCGCAUGCCUUUCGCCUGGACCGCCAUCCACCUGAUGAACAUCGUCAGCAGCGCCGGGAGUUUGGAACGAGAUUCCACCGAAGUAGAAAUCAGCACGGGAGAACGGAAAGGAUCUUGGUCCGAGCGGCGGAACUCCGGCAUUGCCGGACGGCGGUCGCUCGAGAGGACGGCAAGCGGAGACGAGGCUUGUAACCUGACCAGCUUCCGGCCUGCCACGCUCACCGUGACGAACUUCUUUAAGCAGGAAGGGGAUCGCUUAAGCGACGAAGAUCUAUACAAGUUCCUUGCCGAUAUGAGAAGACCAUCUUCCGUCUUACGAAGACUGCGACCCAUUACAGCUCAACUGAAGAUCGACAUUUCUCCCGCUCCAGAGAACCCCCAGUAUUGCCUAACUCCGGAUUUGCUGCAGGUCAAACUCUACCCCGACAGUAGAGUUCGACCUACCAGGGAAAUCUUGGAAUUUCCUGCUCGGGAUAUCUACGUUCCAAACACCACUUACAGGAAUCUCCUCUACGUCUAUCCCCAGAGCCUCAAUUUUGCCAAUCGUCAAGGUUCGGCCAGGAACAUCACAGUCAAAGUGCAGUUCAUGUACGGGGAAGAUCCGAGCAACGCCAUGCCGGUAAUCUUUGGGAAAUCGAGCUGUUCAGAAUUUUCCAAGGAAGCCUACACAGCAGUCGUAUACCAUAACAGGUCACCUGACUUUCAUGAAGAAAUCAAAGUUAAACUCCCUGCCACCUUAACAGACCAUCACCACCUCCUUUUUACAUUUUAUCACGUCAGCUGCCAGCAGAAGCAGAACACCCCCUUAGAGACCCCAGUUGGAUAUACAUGGAUACCAAUGCUUCAGAACGGACGUUUGAAGACGGGGCAGUUCUGCCUCCCAGUUUCCUUGGAAAAACCACCCCAAGCUUAUUCCGUGCUUUCCCCUGAGGUGCCUCUGCCCGGCAUGAAGUGGGUAGAUAAUCACAAAGGUGUGUUCAGUGUAGAAGUUGUAGCUGUUUCCUCCCUCCAUACACAGGAUCCUUUCCUGGACAAGUUCUUUGCUCUGGUACACGCUCUAGAUGAGCACAUGUUCCCUGUGAGAAUCGGCGAUAUGAGGAUCAUGGAGAAUAACCUGGAAAACGAAUUGAAGAGCAGUAUUUCUGCGUUGAAUUCAUCUCAGUUGGAGCCGGUUGUACGAUUCCUCCAUCUCCUGCUUGACAAACUGAUUCUUCUGGUAGUAAGACCUCCCAUCAUUGCUGGCCAAAUAGUUAACCUGGGUCAGGCGUCUUUUGAAGCGAUGGCCUCCAUCAUAAAUCGGCUGCACAAAAGCCUGGACGGCACUCAGGACCAGCAUGGCAGAAAUAGCCUCCUCACGUCGUACAUUUACUACGUUUUCCGUCUACCAAAUACUUACCCCAGUUCAACGUCGCCAGGUCCCGGAGGCCUGGGGGGUUCCGUACAUUACGCCACCAUGGCCAGAUCAGCCGUGAGGCCCGCCAGCCUUAAUCUGAAUCGCUCCCGGAGCCUUAGCAACAGCAAUCCCGACAUAUCCGGGACCCCUACCUCCCCUGAUGACGAAGUCCGGUCCAUCAUCGGAAGCAAGGGUUUAGACCGCUCCAAUUCCUGGGUAAACACUGGUGGUCCCAAAGCUGCCCCAUGGGGAUCCAACCCCAGUCCAAGUGCAGAAUCAACACAGGCUAUGGAUCGAAGUUGUAAUCGUAUGUCUUCGCACACAGAGACGCCAAGUUUCUUACAAACAUUAACGGGACGCUUACCAACUAAAAAGCUUUUCCACGAGGAGCUGGCGUUACAGUGGGUUGUAUGCAGCGGCAGUGUCCGGGAAGCAGCCUUGCAGCAGGCCUGGUUCUUCUUUGAGUUGAUGGUGAAAAGCAUGGUGCAUCACCUGUACUUUGCGGACAAGCUGGAUGCCCCGAGGAAAAAUCGUUUUCCGGAACGCUUCAUGGAUGACAUAACGGCUUUGGUCAGCACAAUCGCCAGUGACAUCGUCUCUCGGUUUCAGAAGGAUGCAGAGAUGGUUGAGAGACUCAACACGAGCCUUGCGUUCUUUCUUAAUGAUCUGCUGUCUGUCAUGGACAGAGGAUUUGUCUUUAGCCUUAUUAAGGCCUGCUAUAAACAGGUGUCUUCAAAGCUUUAUUCCUUAUCAAACCCAAGUAUCCUGGUGUCUUUGAGACUCGACUUCCUGCGAAUCGUCUGCAGCCACGAGCACUACGUUACUCUAAACCUUCCCUGCAGUUUACUCACCCCUCCGGCGUCUCCGUCACCUUCUGUAUCUUCUGCAACAUCCCAGAGCUCUGGAUUCUCUACAAACGUGCAAGACCAGAAGAUUGCAAAUAUGUUUGAGCUGUCCGUGCCUUUCCGCCAGCAGCAUUACCUGGCCGGGCUCGUGUUAACCGAGCUCGCCGUCAUUUUAGAUCCUGAUGCCGAAGGUUUGUUUGGAUUGCAUAAGAAGGUCAUCAAUAUGGUACACAAUUUACUGUCCAGUCACGACUCAGACCCGCGGUACUCUGACCCCCAGGUAAAGGCCCGAGUGGCCAUGCUGUAUCUACCUCUGAUUGGCGUUAUCAUGGAAACCGUGCCUCAGCUCUAUGAUUUUACAGAAAGCCACAAUCAGCGGGGCCGCCCCGCCUGCGUAGCGGUUGAUGAGUACGAAAAUGAGGGCGGAAACAUGAUCAGUCAGACGGUUGCCAUGGCGAUUGCAGGGACAUCGGUCCCCCAGCUCACGAGGCCCAGCAGCUUCCUCCUCACGGCGUCGAGCGGCCGACAGCAUUCGACCUUCUCGGCGGAAUCCAGCCGGAGCCUUCUGAUCUGUCUCCUGUGGGUCCUCAAAAACGCCGACGAGACCGUCCUGCAGAAGUGGUUCACAGACCUCUCGGUCCUGCAGCUCAACCGGCUGCUGGACCUGUUAUACCUCUGCGUGUCCUGUUUUGAGUACAAAGGGAAGAAAGUCUUCGAGAGGAUGAACAGCCUGACUUUUAAGAAAUCGAAAGACAUGAGGGCCAAACUGGAAGAAGCUAUUCUCGGGAGCAUAGGAGCCCGGCAAGAAAUGAUGCGGCGAAGCCGAGGACAGCUGGAGAGAAGCCCAUCAGGCAGUGCAUUUGGAAGUCAAGAAAACUUGAGGUGGAGAAAGGAUAUGACUCACUGGAGACAAAACACAGAGAAGCUUGACAAAAGCCACAAAGCGUCCAGGUCCAGAGCAGAGAUAGAACAUGAAGCGCUCAUCGAUGGGAACCUUGCCACUGAAGCAAACCUAAUUAUUUUGGAUACCCUAGAGAUAGUCGUCCAGACCGUCUCGGUGACCGAGUCCAAAGAGAGCAUCCUUGGUGGAGUGUUGAAAGUGCUCUUACACAGCAUGGCAUGCAACCAAAGCGCCCUUUAUCUGCAGCACUGUUUUGCCACCCAGAGGGCCCUGGUUUCCAAGUUCCCUGAACUCCUGUUCGAAGAGGAGACGGAGCAAUGUGCCGAUUUAUGCCUCCGCCUCCUAAGGCACUGUAGCAGCAGCAUCAGCGCCAUUCGAUCCCACGCUAGUGCCUCCCUUUACCUGCUGAUGAGACAAAACUUCGAGAUCGGAAACAACUUUGCCAGGGUGAAAAUGCAGGUGACGAUGUCCCUGUCCUCCCUGGUGGGAACAUCCCAGAACUUCAAUGAGGAGUUUUUAAGGCGCUCCCUCAAGACCAUCUUGACCUACGCCGAAGAAGACCUGGAAUUGAGAGAGACGACGUUCCCCGAUCAGGUCCAGGAUCUGGUUUUCAAUCUUCACAUGAUCCUUUCGGACACGGUGAAAAUGAAGGAGCACCAAGAAGAUCCAGAAAUGUUAAUCGAUCUGAUGUACAGAAUCGCCAAAGGCUACCAGACAUCCCCCGACCUGCGCCUGACCUGGCUGCAGAACAUGGCGGGCAAGCACUCGGAGCGGAGCAAUCACGCCGAGGCCGCCCAGUGCCUCGUCCACUCGGCGGCCUUGGUGGCCGAGUACCUGAGCAUGCUGGAGGACCGCAAGUACCUGCCCGUGGGAUGUGUGACGUUUCAGAACAUUUCCUCGAAUGUUUUGGAAGAGUCCGCGGUGUCGGAUGAUGUGGUCUCUCCCGACGAGGAAGGAAUCUGCUCCGGAAAGUACUUCACGGAAGCCGGACUGGUGGGAUUGCUGGAACAAGCGGCAGCUUCUUUCUCUAUGGCUGGCAUGUACGAAGCGGUGAACGAGGCCUACAAAGUACUUAUUCCCAUUCACGAAGCUAAUCGGGAUGCAAAGAAACUGUCCACGAUUCAUGGUAAACUCCAAGAGGCGUUCAGCAAAAUCGUCCAUCAGAGUACUGGCUGGGAGCGGAUGUUCGGCACGUACUUUCGGGUCGGCUUUUACGGGACCAAGUUUGGAGAUCUGGACGAGCAGGAAUUUGUGUACAAGGAGCCUGCGAUAACCAAGCUGGCGGAAAUUUCCCACCGCCUGGAGGGCUUUUACGGCGAGCGGUUUGGUGAGGAUGUCGUGGAAGUCAUCAAGGACUCCAACCCCGUGGACAAGUGCAAACUGGACCCGAACAAGGCCUACGUCCAGAUCACCUACGUCGAGCCCUACUUCGACACGUACGAGAUGAAGGACCGGAUCACCUACUUCGACAAGAACUACAACCUGCGGCGCUUCAUGUACUGCACCCCCUUCACGCUGGACGGCCGCGCCCACGGGGAGCUGCACGAGCAGUUCAAGCGGAAGACCAUCCUGACCACGUCGCACGCCUUCCCCUACAUCAAGACCCGGAUCAACGUCGUCCACAAGGAAGAGAUCAUCCUGACGCCCAUCGAGGUGGCCAUUGAAGACAUGCAGAAGAAGACCCAGGAGCUGGCCUUCGCCACCCACCAGGACCCCGCGGACCCCAAGAUGCUCCAGAUGGUGCUCCAGGGCUCCGUGGGCACCACGGUGAAUCAGGGCCCACUCGAAGUCGCUCAGGUUUUCCUGUCGGAAAUCCCCAACGACCCCAAACUCUUCCGGCACCACAACAAGCUCAGACUCUGCUUCAAGGACUUCACCAAAAGGUGCGAAGACGCCUUGCGCAAAAAUAAGAGCCUCAUUGGGCCUGACCAGAAGGAGUACCAGCGGGAACUGGAGAGGAACUACCACCGGCUCAAGGAGGCUCUGCAGCCGCUGAUCAACAGGAAAAUCCCCCAGCUCUACAAGGCGGUCUUGCCCGCCUCCUGCCACAGAGACUCCUUCAGCCGCUUGAGCCUGCGGAAAAUGGACCUCUGAAAGAAAAGCGUCGCCUUACGUGGCGGAGCGGGCCCGCGACCCCGGUCCCCGACCGGGCCGAGGGCAAAUCCGGCGGGACGGCGUGGAGGUUGACGAGCCAGGCCCCCCCCGGCUGCCGAAAUGCUGGAAACUGGGGUUUUUUAAAAGGCAUUUUUAACGCUGCAGAGGUACCUUUGAUGCAUUUCCCAUUAUUUAUAGCCUAAUCUAACGUUAAACUUAGCUACUCCUAGGUCACGUCUUUAAUUUAUAGCUACCGGUGCGGCCGUUUCUCAUGUAGUCGCGUUCAUUUUAAAGGUACUAUUAAACGGGACUGUUUACACUGAUCUUUCUUA